UACCAAAGUCAGAAACCCUGAUAAUCCUACCUCUAACUCUCAACUAGAAAUUCUAGAAUAUAUCAAAAACUUCUACAAAUCUUUGUACAAAGCUGAACCUAUUGAUACUGAAGCAGCAGAAGA